AUGGUUGAUGAAUCACAAGAUGUGUCAAUAAAAGAACAGAUGACAAUGGUGUUUUGUUAUGUAGACAAAAGUGGGGAUGUAAUUGAAAGGUUUGUGGACAUUCAACAUGUUAGUGACACUACAUCAAAAUCACUAAAGGAGGCUAUUGAGACAUUGUUUUCAAGAGAGGAAUUGAGCAUUUCUAUGCUAAGAGGACAAGGAUAUGAUGGAGCUAGUAAUAUGAAGGGUGAGUUUAAUAAUCUUAAAACACAGAUUUUCAGAGAAAAUCCUUGUGCCUAUUAUAUUCAUUGUUUUGCACAUCAACUUCAAUUAGCUCUUGUGGCUGUGACAAAGGGAAAUGUUGAUAUUGCCACUUUCUUCACAUCUUGCAAUAGCUUGGUUAAUAUUGUUGGAGCAUCGUGUAAGCGUUGUGACAUACUUAGAGAUAAACUACAAAAGGAUAUUAUGGAAGCUCUUGAAAAAGAUACUCUUCCAACAUGGCAAGGCUUAAAUCAAGAAACUUGUCUCAAGCGUCUCGGUGAUACACGUUGGAACUCACAUUAUGGUACAUUACUUAGUAUCAUUUCUAUGUUCAAAUCUGUGGUGAAAGUGCUUGAAUUGAUUAUUGAGGAUGGCUCCAUUGAUAAUAUAGGUUAA